AUGCAUAAGAAUUCACAACACAGUGCGCGAGACAGUGAGAUAGUGCGAGUCUCUGUUUCCUUGCCAAUUGCUGCGACAUUGUAUCUAUUGACACGGGCCGCUCCGCGUUCGCCGACGACUAUUUUAAGUGGAGGUACGGCGCACGUGUCGCGCGGCUGCAGCACGCUCACGGAUCCCUCGGCCUUCGCCAGCCUGGCCCCAGACCCGACCCCCUCAAUGAGAACAGGAUCUCCUCCCAGGAGCACGAUGGCGACCGAGGCUCGGACGUCGUUGCGAGAGACCGUGUGUUCGGGCGCGGUCGUGCGCCGUCGGAAGCGGCGCCGCAGUCGCCGUGUGGCCGCGCGCGCGCACCCGCGUCGCGUCCUAGCCGCCGUCUGCGCCGCCCGACACAGCGAAGCACGAGCGCUCUGCACGGCUCCACGGUGCGCGUAUUUCCGUCGCGAGGAGGCCCCGGGCCGCGUCGGGCGAGUUGCCCGCGCGCUGGCCGCCGUGCUCUGGUGGUGGUGCGUGGCGCUGCUGCGGCUGGUCGCGCUCUGCGCGCCUCCCCCCGGCCCGUCCGGCGCCGGCGCGCCGCCGCCCCCUGCCCGCGCCGCGGAAGAUGCGCCCGCGGCGGCGAGCGCGGCCUGCGCAGGUGCGCCCGCCAACUCUACCGAUCCGCCGCCGCCGACGCCGUCGCCCGAGCCGCCCGACCACACCGGGUGGUGGUGGGCGGGCGCAUGCGUGGGCGGCGCCGUGCUUCUGUGCGCCGCGGGCGCGCUGGCCCGCCCGCACCUGCGUCGCCGCGCUGCACCAAACGCUGCUACCAACCCCAUGCUCUCGGUACAAGUGCCGGGGUGUGCGGGCAUGGAGCGGCUGGGCGCGCCGGGGGGACCGCGCUUACGGCACGACCACAGACACCACCAUUCUACAUUGGAAUGGGAAAAACAGCAGAGGUUGCAGGCCAUGGUGGGUCGCCUGCAGGAGAUGGUGGAGCAGGAAACGCGCGCGCGGUCCGCCGCCGCGGCCGAGCGCCUCGGCCUGCCGCCCAGCAUACAGCUCCCCGACGGAGAGUACGGGCAGGACGCACAUCUGCAGUUACGAGUCCCUUAUCAGCAAGCCGAGCUGACGAGAAGCAGUUUUCAACCGCCACCGAACAAGUGCGUGAGCGACGUGCCCGAGUGGGCGGGCGCGGCGGACGCGCGGCGCGCGCAGGGCGGCGGCGGCGCGGGCGGCGGCAAGAAGGACGGGCUGCUGCAGAAGGCCACGCGCUGGUGGGUGCGCAUGGGCGCGCGGCCGCCGCCCGCCUUCCUGCCGGCCGCGCCGCCGCCCUGCGUGAUGGUGCCGCGCCGCGCCGCGCCGUCGCCGCCGCCCGACGCGUGACGUCGCCGCGCCUCCGCACCUCUCUAUCAUAUCACGCUUACAUUCCAUUAUCGGGACGAUCAGACUCGCCGGAGUGCACGCGCGUCCCGGAGUAUUAUAGACUUGCUAAUUUAUUUAUUUGGGACUCGCGGGCGGU